AUGAAGAACAAAGGUUCUUUGCCCAAUGACUAUAUUCCUUCGCUCACUCCUAUAACUCUUAGGCGGUCCCUAACAAGGCUAUCGCUAAAGAGCAUCAAUAAUCUUGCAUAUCUCUGGUGUAGGCUUACCUCAACUCAGCCAGACCUUAAAUCAUCUCAAGAAUAUAAACACAACCGUUUAUCCCGCCUGCAGCUUAUUUUUAAUGCUCUCGCAUUCUUCACAGCCCAUUCAAAGGUAAUUGCCGGCCAAGUUCCUGGUGGUAAGCUAUGCACAAAGAAACAGCUCUUGGAUAGAAUACUCGUUGAGUACUGGCACAAAGGUUUGAAUUUGCUUCAAAUAUCACAAAUCGAUUGUCAAUUAUUAAUAGAUAAGCCAAAUUCAUUCAUGUGGACUUCGUCAAAAAUUCUUGAUAAUUUCGAAAAGACGAGGCCUUUAAAACUUCCUCAUCUCAACAAUCAAAAAUUACUCAAAUCAUUGUCCAGCGAUUUGAGCUCAGUGUUCUUGAACCACAUUUAUGUGUGUCAUCAUCCGAUUUAUCCUGUGAUCAUCAUACGAAUCCAACUAUUCGAUAUUGUCUCUAAGGAUCAUUCUUUGAAAGCGAACGUUAUUUCAAGAAAAGCUUUCUUUGUAAUGAUCCCUUCCUCUUCAAAUUUCAUCAUCCACAAUAUUAUCAACCCUAACGAUAUUUCCGGAAAGUUAAUCCUUCAAUCACUAGAAAGAUCACUAUGUGGGCCAGACAGUCAAAUUCAUUUGGUCAACGAUCCCUCGAUGAAAAUCAAAAAUUUUGAAUCAAUUUUCUUAUUAAAUGGUAAUUCUCGUUUUGCGAAUUGUGAGGGAAAUUGGGCGGUGUAUGCCGAUGAUAAUGUGGAUAUUUCACCAUUUGAUAUACCCACCUUACAUCAAAAUGUUGUGAAUUUUUGCAAGCUUAAUGGACUUGAAUCGAAAAGCAAUAACGAGGGUAAUCUUGAUGAGGAUGAUGAUGAUGAUUUGCAGAUCAUUAGCGACCAGGACCAAAUUGAUCGGAUCGAUCGUAAAAAUCUUAUCAAUGUCGCCAAUUUGCGUUUUAAAGGUGUUGCCAAUGGUAAAUUAAAAUCAAAGCGGCUAUUUGAAGAUUAUCAAAAUCUGCGUUCUCCGUUAAAGAGACUAAGAAGAUCUGCCAACUCAAAAGUAAAGAAGGAUGAUGAAAAAAUUGAUAAAAAAAAUAAUGAAUUAUUACAAAGAAACUUUGAUCAAAGUCAAUUCUCAUCAAUUGUCCCGAUCCAAGAAGUUGAAUUUGCGAUCCAUGGAGAUAUUAAAACAUAUCACCCUCAUAGUCAAUCAAGAUGCUCAUCCAUAGAGACAGAAUUGGCAAAACCAAAAUUCACGUUAAAGCUUAGUGGUAAUGAUGUCUUUGCUGGACUUCAUGAAUUAGCAGUAACCCCUGUUUCAGCCGCGUCUAGAUCUACCUCGACCAAAAUCAAGACAAUUGUGGAUCCAUAUAAUGUUCCAAGCUGGUUAACUGGGGAAGAGGGAUCUAAAUCGGGGACUAUUGUGAAAAACAAGUUCUAUAAACCUUUUGGCAAUGAUUCUCUGGUCAAAGGGAAAGGUUACUUCCGGAAAUUCGUCGAUAAUAAUGGUGAGAUUAUUUAA